AUGGAAGAAGAUAAUGGUGAAACCCUCAACACCAACACCAUCACUCCUGCAGAUCUACAACCGGCCUCCAUUUCAACCCCUGAUCAUCCACUCAACAAUGCUUUUGGCUCACUGAACGACAUCUGCUAUGAACUCUCCUCCCUUCAAGAUCUCGCUUGUCGUGGCUCAUGGAAAACAAUCCUUGACAAAGUUGCUCGAGCACGCACACAGUCUCUUCUUUCCAAACCUCACGAACACUUAAUCUAUCUCUCAUAUAACACCAUAGCUCUCACAAAACUCCGUCGUUUCUCUGAUGCAGUCACUGAACUCGAUUCCCUUGAAAAUGGCAUAGACAACGUGAUCUACACUUACGAAAAUUACCCUCAUCAUUACCCUAACCGAUAUGGCUCCAUGGCCCCCUUUUCCCUCCGGUGGUUGUACGCUGAACUCCCUUCAAGAGUAGGCAAUCGUCAAGAAACCCUAGAUCGAUUCUACAUCCUACUGCAUUUUGUUAGAGAGAAAACCAAAACCACAAAAGAUUCAUCAGGUAUGUCAGAUGAUAUAUGGAAGAAACGUGAAGGGUUGGUGAUUAAUUCGAUUAUAAGUCAUCAUUUGAGUCAUAAAGAAUUUGGUGUAUGUUUGGAUUUGAUCAAAGAUCUGAUCAAACGUGAUUCAAAUUCAACUGCUAGAGCAGUAUUGAUAUCAAAACUAGGUUACAUCCAAAUGCAAUUAGGCGAUUUGGAAGGAGCAAAGGGUAGUUUUGGUAGUGUUGAGGGGAUUUCGACUGAAGAAACAGUUGAAAUGAAGAAUCUUGUGAACAGGAACAAGGCAUUGAUGUUUAUGGUUGGGAAAGAUUAUGUGUCUGCUGUAAGGGAAUACCAGGAGUGCAUUGAUAGAGAUGAUUCAGAUGUUGUUGCGAUUAAUAACAAGGCACUUUGUUUGAUGUAUUUGAGGGAUUUAUCAGAUUCUAUUAAAGUGUUAGAAAGUGCAUUGGAAAGGGUUCCAACUGCUGCUUUAAACGAGACUUUUGUGGUGAAUUUGUGUAGUAUGUAUGAGUUGGCUUAUGUUAAUCACACGGAUAUCAAGAAGACUCUUAGUAAUUGGAUUGCUCGUGUGGCGCCUGAUGAUUUUGAUAGUUCAUCUACUCGUGUAUGA